AUGGAUGACUUUCAAAAAUCAUAUACAGUAAAGAAUCGUGAUCAAAGUAUUACAUUUAAUGAUAUUUCAUCGGGAAAAAUUGAUGAAAAUUACAGUGGACAUUCAGCAGAAGAAUUUGUGAAAUACUUUUCAAUUGAUGAUGAUGAUAUUGUUCGAUUAGAUCAAUCGCAAAUAAUUCGAUAUGAGGUGAAAUCUGUUAUGAAUCAUGUUAUAGAUAAUAUUCUCAAUCAAGAAAAAUGUCAAAGUCAGAUUAAGAAUCCGUCAAAUAAACGUUCAUUGGAAUUAAAUAAUGAGGAAUAUCGGUUGAAUAAAAAAGUUAGAUUUAAUAUUCCAAAUGAAGAACAACCAACAUUAACGAAUAUAUUUGUCUCUGAAACAAUUGAUUCAAACAAUCGACUGAAACCUUAUACAAAGUUUUUGUAUAAUCUUGGUUUUGAUCUUUGUUUACAAGAAAAUCCAAAUGAAAACACUAAUCUAUCAGAAACUCAAAAACAAAUAUUAAUCAAGCAUAAUGAAGUCUUCUAUAGAAAUCAAGUUUAUUCAUGUAAAUAUUGCUCAUUUAAAACUAAUACAGUUCAUGUUAUGGAUCACCAUUAUCGUACACCACAUACUUUAUCGAAUUCUAAUGAUCAUAAUAAGAAAUAUCGUUGUAUAUAUUGUUCAUUUAAAACAUUUCGUUUGCCUGAACUUCGUCGUCACGUGGAAAGAAAACAUGGUCAUGUUUUAGUAGCUGAACUUUCUUUACGUCGCUAUCUAUGCAGUUAUUGUUCAUAUGAGACAGAUGAUAAAAAUCAUUUUACAAAGCACAACAGUCGUUGUCAAAUUGAACAAGAACGAGUUCGUAUUGCAAAUAAUUUACUUCAACCAUUAGAUUUUUCGAAAACAAACAAUCAUAGACAACUAAACACAAUGACAACAAAAUCUACCGAAAAAAACAAAAAGAAACAAACAACAAAAUCACAUUCAUCAACAUCGUUUUCAAAUGAUACAAAAACUUUAUAUAAUCAAGAAAUCAAUGACCUAAUUAUUAUUGAAUCUGAUCAUGAUACAUCACCAUUCUCGCGAUCAUCAUCAUCUGAUGAAGAUUUUAUUGUCUCAUCUGAUGAAGUAGGCUCAUCCGAUGAUCAUAAUGACGAUGUUCAUGAUCAUGAGUUUCAAACUUCUACAUUUCGUUCUAAAAAAGUAAACAAAUCAACAUUAAACUCUACGACAUCGUCGAUGUCCCAAUCGUUUUCAAUGAAUUCAACGGCGGCAACAAAUUUCUCAUCGUUAUCAAAGUUAUUACUAUUAAAUGGAACACCUAUGUCUUCACUUGCGUCAUCAUCAAUAAAUCCAACUAAAACUUUGCUUAUGCCUAUACAACCAAAACAAACAACUGGCAAUGAUAUGUACCAAAUGUGCAAUAUUUGUCGAUGCUAUAUCUGUAAACGAGAUUAUAUGACACACAUGAAAGAAAAACAUAGUAAUCAGACUACUCAACCAGAAACACUAAAUUCAGCUCUUUUAACUAAUCUAAAUAAUACAGCAAAUAAUUUAAAUACAUCAACUACUUGUCCAUCGCCAGCUUUGGUGGUAACAAAAGUUAUUCCACAGACGCCAUCAAAAAUUUUUCUCCUAUCAACAUCAACAAUAAAUCUUCAAUCGAUCAGACUAGAUAUGAUUAAAUGUCCGUGGUGUGAUACUAAUUUUGAACAUAUUGACAUUAUGACUGGACAUUUAAUGAGGUAUCAUCGUAUGACAUUAGCUGUUGCUCAAGUAGUCGUAGCUGAACAAAUGAAAAUUCAAAGUACAUCGUCUAGCCAAUUAUCACAAAUGUUUAAACAAGAAAUAGAGCAAAUCCAAAGACAAUUUACUGAUAAAAUUUAUUGGAAAAUUUCUCAACCAAAAGUAUAUCUACAUCAAUUAGACAAUUUAUCAUGCUUUGCUUGCAAGAAAAAUGUCGAUGAUAUUGAAAAUCAUUUUAUUUCAUGUCAUCAAAUACAAUUAGUAACCAUGAAUACAAUGAAACAAUGUUGUCUAUGCGGAUUGCAUUGUAAUAAAAAAACUUUUAGUCUAUUUGAACAUCAAUUACGCAUUCACUCAGGUGUUUGUUAUUCAUCCAUACUUAAGCAAUUUAUCCGUUUCGAUCCACCACCUCCACCAACACCAAGAACAAUACUAUCUAAAAGUAACAGUCAAUCCAUAUCGCCAUCAUCGAAUAGACUAACAUUAACAACCUGUACAGAAAAAAAAUUUGGGUGUCGAAAAUGUGAUACAAGUAGUCAUUUAUUUACUUUCGAAGAACUUGUUGAACAUUUACGUUCAAAUCAUAAACUUAUUGUUAAAUUACAUCGUCGUUGUAUUAUAUGUCAACAAACAUAUCUUAAAGGAAAAGAAUACAAUCAACAUUGUUUAGAACAUUUGAAUGAUGAAAAUCCAUCAAUAGAAAUAAAAAGACAAUAUGUUAAAAAAUAA